AUGACCAGCCCACCAGAUCUCUCCUCCCUUUCUUUGAACAGCCACCCUCAACAACGUCUUCAUGAUUCUUACGAUUAUGAGGGAAGUCCAGCAAGGCAGCAGUAUUUCGCAACAACCUCUCCAGGGAACAUCGCUGCGCAGUCUCAGUUCUCAGCGCUCACAAUGGGUCAGUCUCCGUUGAAGGCAAAGCCGGCCAGAGGUGCUCUCCCAACCCAAUGGCUCGACAGUUCGCCGGAUAAUCGUUCCUUGUCACCUAACAAUAAUUCUGAUUUUUCAUCUGCCGGUGGCUCGCCACCAAUGGGACAUCUCAACCCCCCGAUGGCUCCAUCGACCCCCAGCUUGAACCCCGACGAUGAAAUCAUCCCUACUGCCAUUGUAAUCAAGAAUAUACCAUUCAACGUCAAGCGCGAAACAUUGCUUGAUAUAAUCACCUCUUUAUCGAUCCCCACACCGUAUGCCUUCAACUAUCACCUCGAUCAACAGGGGGCAUUCCGUGGUUUAGCCUUUGCCAACUUCCGCCAGUCUGCGGACGCGGAUGCGGUCGUGGCGGCUUUGAACGGAUUUGAUGUGCAAGGCAGAAAAUUGCGAGUAGAGUACAAGAAAGUGCUCCAAGCUGGAGAGAAGGAAAGGAUUGAAAGGGAGAAGGCCCUCCGUCGUAUGCGCUCCAUGCAACUUGAGAAAGAACACAUCCAGACGCCUUACGAUGAAUUUGGUUCACCGCUGACUGGUGCCUACACCCCUUCGCGCUCCUUCUCAGCCACCUCCUACCAACAACAAUCGCAAUACUCUCCUCCCAAUGUCAGCACCAUGCCUUCGUAUAACCUCCCUCUCUCCUCUGCGCCGGCUGCUCCACAGCCACCAUUACCGCCAGCCACCCCUAGCACUUCGGAGAAGUUGUCGGCAAAUGAGCUUGAUCUAAACGACCCGUCUACUUUGGAGAUCUAUUCGCGAAUCCUGCUCUUCAAAGACGAUCCCAUGCGUGAUGAGCUUGCCUUCUCUCGCACUCUAUCGCCCAAGCAAAGACGUAUUGUUCACCUCAUUGCUCAGAAGCUUGGCGUCUAUCACUAUUCCGUUGGGGAGGGUGAAGAGCGUUACGCAGUCGUCACCCGUAUUGAUCCCCAGAGGAAGCAACAAGCUCAACGCCAACCUCACACACUCUCGCGCGCGCCUUCUGUUUUCCUCACCUCAUCUGGAUCUACUAUGCCACAGAGCUCUGGUGGUCUGCGAGUGAAGAAAUCAAUGCCCGACAUGAAGACUUUGCAUUCGCAAGCGCCCCGCCUCGUCUCCCGACCCUCCAAUGGCAACAUUCGCGAAGGCUAUGCCACUAUCGCAUCCCCUUCCCGACGUAUCUCCAACAACUUCAAUUCGCUGUUCUCGGACUCGGGGAACAACGGUGGAUUUGGCGGUGUGCCGCCCGUUCCGAGCUUGCCUUCAAGCAUCGUUAGCGCGGGAGUGUUGAACGGCCAUGACAACGGGGCCAGUGUUGUGCGCCAACCCCGUGGACCUGGUGUCGGUGGCUUCACAAGGAGGGAUAGCAGGAUUGGUCUCAACGAGGCUGCAAGGAGUGGGGCGUUGGACACGCGCUCGCACGAACCGCUGGACAUCUAA